GAGGCGGUGCACGCCGGGCGGCGCAAGCGCGGAGAGGCGGGACAGGGCCGUCUACUCGGCGGAGCUGCGUGCUCUGAGUCCGUGACUUUUCUCAGUAUUUCCCUUGGGGGCCGAGCUGCGGUCGCCCUGCAUUUAUUCGUCCUCCUAAAGAUGCAUCCUGACUUAUCGCCACAUUUGCACACCGAGGAAUGCAACAUCUUGAUUAACUUGCUUAAGGAAUGUCACAAAAAUCACAACAUUCUGAAAUUUUUUGGUCAUUGCAACGAUCUUGAUCGGGAAAUGAGAAAGUGCUUGAAGAAUGAGUAUUCAGAGAAGAGGACCAGGAGCCGGGAGCACGGUGCUGCCAUGCGGGCGAGGCUUUCCAGCCCUCCAGAGGAAGCUGGAAAAUAGGUUCGCCGGAUGCCUCGACUGCGAGACCUGAAGGUGGCUGGGAGCUGGGAAAAAUCCUUUCUUUUGGUCUCUAUGGCCCUUUGAAUGAAAGGUGACCCAUGAAGAACUGAGCCAUGGAGAAACACGAGAAUAUGGAUUCUUAGUACUUGUUGAGCAAAAGCCUUUAGUCCAUGGGCUGUACCUGCUUAGCAGUUUCCUCCGCUGCUGCUCUGAGUCUCCAUCCACCUAGUGUCGCCUCACCUCCCACAAUAAAGUAUUCGGACAGCGUU